AUGUCAAAAGCUUUACUUCGUAGUGCCAAGAAUUUAGUCAAUGGGUACUCUCAGGCGCAGGUUUUGGUGAGGAGUGCGACGUCUAAUGAUAAGGAGGGGCCCUCUGUGGAUCAGCUUGAAGAGUUGGCGGAGAGAUCGUUUGAUAAUGUUGAGUUUUUUGAGAUUAUGGACAUGUUGGACAAGAGGCUUAACGAUAAGGGCCGGAACUGGCGUCAUGUUGCGAAGUCGUUGACGUGUCUUGACUUCUUGGUGAGGUGUGGAUCUGAGAACUGUGUUUUCUGGUGUAAGGAGAACUUGUAUAUCAUUAAGACGUUGCGGGAGUUCACGCAUUCAGAUGAGCUCACGGGGAUUGACGAUGGGGAGAUUGUUCGUGUGAAGGCGAAGGAGUUGACGGCGUUGUUGAGGGAUGAGGAGCGGCUCAGGGAGGAACGUAUGAUGAGGCUCAAGGGGAGGAAGCGUGGUGGAAGGAGAAGACGUGAAAAGGGCGAGAGCGAUGAGGAUUUGCAACGGGCGUUGGAGGAAUCUAGGCUAACGGCCGAAGAAGAGGAGAGACGUCGCCGUGAGCAGGGCGAUGACCCGAACUUGCAGGCGGCGUUGGAGCUAUCGAAGGAGGAAGAAGAGUUGAGAAGGUUGCAGCAGUUGCAGGCGCAGCAGCAAGCAGCUCUGUGGCAGCAACAGCAAUUGCAGCAGCAACAGCUCCUACAGCAGCAACAAUUGCAACAGCAACAGCAGCCACAAGCAGCAUACUAUGAUAUAUUUGGUAACCCUAUUUCUGCAGAAGAGUAUUUGCAAUACCAGCAGCAGCAAUUGCUGGCACAGCAACAGCAAGAACAGUAUAUGGCAGAGCAGCAGUACUUGGCUGCCCAACAGCAGUACCUUGCCCAACAGCAAAUGCUAGCCCAGCAACAACAGCAACAACUCUUGGCUCAACAACAACAACAGCAAUUCCAGAACCAGAUGUCCCUGCAAUCAGGAUCGAACAAUCCAUUCUCGUUGAAUAAGCCUCCAUCUCCAGAAGAAAUCGAGGAACCUGAAGAACCAGACUUUACUCCAGUACACCUCCCACCAUCUCCUGUACCACAACAACCACUUUACAGCCAACAAGACCAGAACAUCAGUAGCACUAACCCAUACAACAACAACAACAACAACAAUAACGGUAUUCCCGAACAAAGGACUGGUAGCCAGUCCAUUAGCGACAAAUUCAGUGAAUUGAACAAUUUAUUGGCAUCUGGUACUGGGAUUGAUACCUUUGGUAACACUGGCCAAACAAGAAUACCUGCCCAACACACAAAAACAGGCACUUUCAUCAACUCACAAGGUACUGGUUACAAGCAAGUUACAAAUGAUCCUCCUAAACAUAACCCAUUCUUAACGUCACAGUACACAGGUAUUCCUAGCUCCGGUAUUGCACCCUCGUACACUGGCUACGGAUUUGGUAAUCAAGGACAAUCAAGCUCUCAACAUAAUGGCUCUUCAUAUGGAAACAACACUAGUAACAGCAACAACAACAACAACAAUAACCCCAACUUAAUCGAUUUGUAA